AUGGCCGACCUGGGAGAGGUCAUAUGCGUCCUCCUCACGAACCGCCAGGGCGACGUGCUGUACGAGCGGUACCUAGCGCCCCUUUCGGACGCCGAGCGGGGGGAGUUCCGCAGAGCCGCAUGGGCGAUGGCGUACCCGGUCCUCACCUCGGGCCACUGUAGGGACGGCGAGGAGCAGAUCGGGUCGUGGAAGGGCUCCAGACUUGCGUGGAUGACGCUGAGCGAGGUGGUGGUGAUGGCAAUGGGGCGCGGGCAGUGGGGGCCGCUGGAGCUCGGGAUGCUGCUGCGGCAGCUGCUGAAUGCGGCGCAGACGGCGACGAAGCAGAAGCCCGGGACGCUGAAGGAGGCGGUCGUGCUGCAGAGCUACAGCCGCGUGUGUUUGGCUGUCGACGACGUGCUGGCCACGGGGCGCCUGGAGCCGUACACGAAGAAAGAGAUGGCCAAGAAGCUCAGCAUGCGGGAGUUUAGGAAGUAG